AUGAGUGUGCAUUCGGAUCUGUCAUGGGUGACUUCGUUCGUCGGCCAGCCGCUGGUGUCGCUGGAGGAUUAUCUCGAAGGCAUCUAUCGAUUGAAGCGACAACACGCCAGCAAGAGAAGCAUCACAAUCAGAGAUGACCUGCCGCAGGGCGGGGCGGUACGGGAGGGGGACGCUGAGAGCUACGUGACACUCAUGCGGAGGUCGGUCGUCUUCGAAGAUGCCCACUUUGAGUCGCCAUAUCGACGCGAACUCACCAAAGUCAGGUGAGUGGCUAAGGUGCCACACACCUGCAUGCCCACACGCACACACACGCACUGCAAAGGCGCAUAGGCGACAGUGCAUUCUUCUGUUCUGCCUGUCGCUGUCAGUUUGGCCGUGUCAUCAACACAGAAUGAGGUGUACAAACGUGCCGUGCUGACCGUCCUGCAGAGCCAGCGCAACCGCAGCCCCUCCCCUCCCUCCAUGGCGAGCAGCACCAGCAGCUCCCCUCCCCCGCCCCCAAUGCCCGAGCGACACUCCCUGGCGCUGCCCUACCGACUGCAUCGCUCCAAUCCCCGGCAGCUGGAGUGCAAGACGCCCACUACCAUGGCCACCUGGAUGACCUCGGGGGCAUGGAAGACGUUGCUGAGCCGGUGUGGUGACAGCGUGAUGCUGCACCUCCUCAUCAACUGUGUGGUGUUCUGUGAGGUGCCGCCCAGAGGGGAGGAGGACAACACUAAGAGGGCACCGAUCUUCCUGCAGUGUACAGGUAACUGAGAGGAAAUGGUCCCUCAACAUCUUAUAAGUCAUGUGUGUCUGUGGGCCGCUCGUCAGGUCGUCUCCUGACCGAUGCUGUCAUCGCAGAUCUGCGGCGGUCCCGCUUCCCAUUCUCACUUGCCACACCCUCCCGACCGGCACUUCCCCCUGGUCCCCCCGCAGCAGCAGCAGCAGCAGCAGCCAGCCUGCCGGCAAAGCGAAAGCACGAGCCCACCAAAGACGAGUCGCCAGCCACCAAGCGCGUCAAGCGAGAAGAGCGCACCACAACUACCGCCCCCCUCGCCGCAGCUCAGGUGGCGCAAUCGAGCGGCCGUGCAGAGGCGAGAAGGAAGCAGCGGAGAAGGAGCAGAGGAGGGAGGUACAAGAGCAAGAACAGGCGGGAGGGAGGGGGUGGGGACGGGCCAUCACGUCCUGGUCGGCCUAUGGACAUCUUUGUACCCCGCCAUCGCAUUUUCUUUGCCAAGUCGUUUUCACUGCGGCCCGGGUUGCCGAGAGACAGCCCCCUUGAGAAACACAACAAGACAGGUAGGUCAGAGGGGAGGCUGACAGACACAGAGGAGAUGCAUGGACGCGACGAACAAUCGUACCCUGUAUGUGUGUCUUCUCUGCAGAGGAGGGAGCCAAGCUGCUGACCAAGUAUGUGUGCUUCGGUGGUGAGCUUUUCCAGCGCCCUGCUGAUGCACCGCCACACCCGCCGAUGGCCACCAAGGCCACACGCAUCCAGUGCAAAAUCGCCAGGUGAUACGAAGAAAAGACACACACACCACGCGCACACUCUCAUUCCUAAUGCAUUGCAUGCACUCCGUUUCUGUGGCACAGGCGCCUGGGUGUGUCAGUGGGGGAGAUCCUGUCUAACUACCACGCCAACAAGCACCUCUUCCCCUCCCUCCUGCGCCGCACCUGCCCCGCCACACACGCAUUCCGAGCCAUCAAAGGCCUCCCACCCACUGCCGCCGACAGGAGGCACCAGCAGCCACACGACGAAGAUGAUGAAAUGAGCGGCGCCAGGACGGUCAAGGCCGACAGCUGCACGCCCACUGAGCCGGCAUCGCCCGGGGAGCCGAUGGGGGAUGGUGGUGACAUGGCGAUGGAUGGCGAUGACGGUGGUGGUGCUGAUGAUGUGGACGAGCGUGUGCGGCGAAGGUUCCCCGUGCUGAGCUGCGAGGUCAAACCAUCUCAGGUCGUGAGAUUCGUCAUGACCGCUUUUAGGUGAGAGUGAGUCAGAAUCAAGAUGCGACUUCCAUCCAUCCAUCCCCAUGGUCAGGUUAGUGUUCCCGUCGUCUCUGUGGGGCGGUGUCCACAACACGCGCGUCAUUCUGAGGCGGGUGCGGCAGUUCGUAACGCUCAACCGGCAGGAGUCCUUCAACCUGCCCACACUGCUGCACCGACUGGAACUCAAGCCCAUCGCUCUCCGCCACGGCAUCGCAAAGUGCAGCAAGGACCAGCUGAAACUGCUGCAGGACUACUACGGCCGCCUCGUCUACUUCGCACUGACGCACUUUGUGGUGCCCGUGCUCAGGUGAGGAUUGGAGCAGUCGGAAAGAGGCAAGAGGACGGCUGCGAUGGGUGUGUCGGGUGUGUGGUGUAGGGCUCACUUCUUCAUUACCCCGGCCGAGCCGUCUGGUCAGCGGGUGCGCUUCUUUCGCAAGGCGGUGUGGCACCGCCUCCAUCGCCACGCCGACGCGGCACUUAGGUGGGCGACACACGGCGCUGUGAGGCAGCAGACACGCACAUCUGACCCCAUAUCUGCGGUACAGGAAGGUGAAUUUGGAGCCGAUCUAUUCGUCGUCGGCCUCGCCGAGGUCAAAGCUCAAGAAGGGAUACAGGUGGCGAGAUUCGUGGAGGAGGGGUUUGGCAUGGCAGCCAGUCAUUUAUCGGUGCGUCGAUCUAUUGUGCGCAGGUUCCCCUCCGUGCGUUGGCUGCCGAAGCUCAAGGGCAUGAGGCCCGUCGUCAACCUGUCCAAGGUUAACACAACACACGAACACUGAGCAACAGAACACACACAUACACGUGUCCCAUGCUGCAUUAGGGCGGCACCAUCCCCGCACCGCCGACAGUGAGCGGCCCCUCUCCACCCAGGGCCCUCCCGUCGCCACCCACCCCCCCCUCUAAUGCCCUCCCCUCCCCCACAUCACUCGCCAUCGUCCCCCGCCCAGCACAACCACCACCGUUAGCAUCACUGGCCGUCCCCUCACGCGCACUCUACGUGGCCGACCACAUGCCAGCCCGAAGACCCCAGACCGGCUCUCUGCUGCCGGUCGUGCCCAGCAGCUUUGCCCCCAUGGCGAGACUGUCGGUCAACUACCACCUGCGGACGGUGCAGGCUGCCGUGCGAUGGGUGGCGCAGGAGUGUGCGGACACACUGGGGCGCUCCGUGCUGGGCUACGGGGCGUUCGCCGCUGCGUUGCGUGAGUGGUGGGGCGAGGUGUGCAGAAGGGCUGGGGGCGGGAGUGGGAGUGGGGGUGACUUGCCGAAGCUCGAUGUGGUUGUGGGGGACUUGACAUCAUGCUAUGAAUCCAUCUCACAACAGGUGCACAGAGGAAAAGAUCGGAAACGGUCCACUUCUCAUGUGUCUGUUCGUUGAUGUGGGGUGUGUGUGUGUGUGCAGGAGUUGGUUGAGGCUGUUGAUUCGCUUCCAUUGCCCGAUCAGCUGGCUGUCGUCAAGUAAGAUCAGCAGACUCACAGACUCACACACAUGCAGGGAGGCACCGUCUCCUUGUCGCCCUAGAGUGUUGAAGCGGAGUUUCUCCCCUCCUGCUCGAUUCGUCACGCGGACGCUGACAGUCGUGCUGCCCAUGGACAGGUCAGCACGGACAAAGACCACUCAGACAACACAAUGUCUCUGUUGCCGCCUUGUGUGUGGUGCUGAUGGCCUAGGUUUCCCGACCUCCGCUCAGCCCUCCGCGAUCCAUCCCAUGGGGCCCAUUCCGUCCGGUCAGCGAUUCUCUCCCGCUCUGAGUCCCACGGCGGCAUCCUGCUGUCGGACCCCUGCAAGGUGACCAUCCUCACCAAGACGGACCUGCUGGCCACCAUCAAGCACCACAUAACGCACCACGCCGUCAAGCUCCAGACCACCCCACUGAUGGACUCACGGGGCGGGAGGGGCGGCCGCGGCAGGAACGACGAGAGGCUGCUGGGUUUCCGCCAGCACACGGGCAUCCCCCAGGGCGGCACUCUGUCCCCGCUGCUGUGCGCCAUCCACUACGGCCGCAAGGACCGGUCAGUCGACCUCAAGGCACUGUUGAACCUCUUCAAGGCGCCUGCCCCAGACAACGCAGCCAGCAGCAGCCCCGCCAACGACCCCAUCGCAGCCCUCCCAGCACUGCCCGCCCCACCGGCAGACAACGACGAUGUCGCCAUGGCUCCUGCUAUCCCCCCAUUCAUGCCUUCGUUCCUCAUCCGGUGGGUGGAUGAUUUCCUCUUCCUCUGCCCACCGGACCGCGGCCUCGCAGACGGUUUCCUGAGCCUCCUGCUAGAGAGGGAGGUGUGGGGCGGCCCGGUCAACAGACACAAGUGUCGGGCCAACUUCAACACCGCCCUGCUUGAUGGCGGCCACGGUGAGGGUGAGGCCGAGGGCGAGCCAGACGACGGGAGGAUCGACUGGGCAGGGCUGGCUUUGGAGCCGGGGACGGGGGAAGGGGCGCGGGAGGGCAGUAAGGCGCCCAAGGUCAAUGCCCUGUUCAGCGGAUGGAAGUUCCCUGGUAUGUGUCUAGUCACGCAAGCCCUACCCCGAUGCGAUUCUGCAUGUGUGUGUUUGUUGUUCGUUGCUGGAUGCAGGGUCGUGCAGCAUAUCGGACAGCCUCAACAUCAUGACACCAGGCUACUCGUCGUUCCUGGAGGGAGCACUGGACAGACCAAAGGGCACCGCCAUGCAGGUGGGUAGUAAGUAGAUGUCAACAGCAGCUGUUGACAGACACCCAGCCAGACAAAGACGGUCCUUGUUUUCAUUGCUCUGUGCAGACGAUGAUAGAGGAUCGUGUGCGUGGGUUCAUGCGUAUCAAGCUCUCACACGCAAUGCUGCUCGACCGAAAGCUCAACGACUGGCAAACGGUCAGGCGACGAGAAAUACGGCUGUCCGUCUGUCCGCCUGAGUGGGAGUGUCUGCCUGUCUGUCUGUCUUUCUGUCUGCAGAUAUGCCGCAACGUGUAUUUCGUGAUGCGCGUGACCUUCAUGAAGCUGGUGGCGGCUUCCCACCGCCACCGGCGCAUCUUCGGCGGCUUCUGGAACGCAUCCUACCUCAACAGUAAGUGACGUGAGCACCAAUAUAGCGCCGCCCUGUGUGCUGACACACUCACUUGUCACGUGUUCUGACUUCUGCCUUCGUGCAGACCUCAUCGACCGGCUGAUAGCCCAGUCCAACCAGUUCUAUCGCCGCGCCAACCCCACGGCCACCAACCGCUCCAUCGUCGGCUCACUCAACACCCUCGCCUCCAUCUGCGAGUUGGCCUUCGCCGACGUGUGUGUGAGCAGGGCCGACUGGGCCGCACUCGUGAAGACGCGACGCAGACCCAAGGGCGGCCCGAAGAAGAAACGGACAAAGAGGCCGAAGGCGGCGGGCAAAGACAACAAGGAUGGCAGCGGCAGCAGCGGGCUGUCGUCAAGUGCCACAGAGAGGGCCGCGGAGCACUUGCGGCAGCAUGUGGGUGGGGUGGACCGUGGGAAGAUCAGAAGGGAGUGGCGCGAGAUGCAGUGGGAGACGGUGAGGGGCGUCAAGAGACCCAGGCAAGGGGCGAGAGAGGGUGAGGGAGAUGGGGACGUCAGCACCGAGGUGGACGCUAGGAGGUUUGGGGUGCCGCUCAUGCACAGGACGGCGAAGUAGUAGACAGACAGUGCAGGCGGACUGACUGUAGGACGGACCGUGACACAAAGCGUAUCAAUGAAUGUCGAUUCCUGGCUGGCAUGGAUGUGACAGACUUUUGCUGAUGAUGACAUACGUGCGUGUGCAGGCAUCGCAUCAGCCCCCCACCUGUGCGGUAUGUAUGUAUUUGGUUGAGGGAGGGAGUCACCCAUACGUCUGUUCCAUUGAUUCAUCGUGCGGUGUAUCUCAGACAUGGUGUGUCUCAAUUAUCGG